GCUGUGUCUCGGUCUGCCAGCCCUGGAGGACCAGCGCCGCUGCACACCCCGUACUGCUGCCCUGCCCUGCCGCCGGCUGGAGCACUCUGCCCUUGUCACCAGCUGCCCAUCUGGGGCCAGAGCUGCCAGUGGGCUCCUAUCCAAGGACUCCCGCCCUUGGAUGCCCUCCUGCUUUAGCAGACACUGCUUGGGGCACUGCUGCACUCCACUUGGGCUUUUAGUUACCCGAGCAAGAAGGGCAGCUGUAACUGUGUGCUCGUACUCAGACAUCCUGCAGUAGCUGCUGAACCUGGGGCUACAGCCCCUCCUGUCUCCCGGUGCCCCGUAGCUGCACGGUUGUGGCAUCUCUUCAGGAGACUGGGAGGGAAGGGGCAAGUGCAGGGCCGUGUUCCAAGGGCCCUAGUGGUAAAGCACAGGGCCAGGUGAGAACUGCCCUCUCUACCUGAUCCACAGCUGAAUCCAUAAUUAAAACAGAAGAACGAAAUAUCUGGAAGAUCAUGAUUUCAUAGAGCUUAACCAGCCUGGCUUCAAAAAAGGAAAAUCACGUCUCACUUAUUGAAUUCCUUGAACAUGUCAAGGUUUGUAAAGAGAGAUAGUAUCUUUUAUUAGACCAAUUGAUGCAGCUGGAAAAAACAGACAAGCUUUUGGGCACAGAAACACUUCUUGUCUGUUUUUUUCCAGCUGUAUCAGUUGGUCUAAUAAAAAGUUAUUACCCCUGCCCACAAAUCUUAUUUCACUUAAUCCUUAGAUCAUCACAGUCACAGCAGAACUACUUGAGCAGGUCAGCAAGGAAUGGAAAAAGGGAGAAUUAGUUGACACAAUUAUAUUUAGACCUUUUAAAGGUCUUCAACCAGACCACGAGUAAAAGGCUGCUACUAAAGCUAAGCAGGUAUGGGGUGGGACAUGUUGCCUCUGGUUAAAAAGUAUUUCUGGAAGACACAGAAUGUUAAUGUUACGUGGUCAGUUUUCGCCACAGCAGAGGGUUAACAGUAGUUCUUCACGGGUGCAAUCUCUGAUCAUCGGAUGAGGAUGUUCAGCACCGAAGCAGCAAAAUAAGCAGAUGGCAGGCCAAUGAAGAAGAGCAAAGAUUUCGAGGAACUUCAGACAUACUGGAAAAGCACAGACAAACGGACAACGCACAGGAGAAGUCGAUGUUUAUUUAACCCGAGGAGCUAAAGCCCAGCCUGCUCACCGGGCAUCCGCGCGUCCCUCGCGGGAAGGGACCGUCGCUCGCUUAUGCAGCUCAGUGGAAAUCUCUACGCGACUGAGGCCGGAUGGGCUGAUGCCCACCCGCCCUUGGGCUCGGCUUUGGCCCUCGGCGCGGCCCGCAGCGCCCAGGAGCGGCCGCCCCGCCGGGAACCGAGAGCGGCACCGCGGCGGCCUGGCGGGACCCGGCUUCGCCGCCACGGCGGCCCCCCCGGGCCCGUCCCUCCCCGGCCGUGCGGGGCGCGGCGCCUUUAAGAGUGGGCGGUGCUCGGUUGCUAGGGACGCGGGGGGCGGGCCGUCUCCAGGAAGUACCGGCGGCGGCGCGGGAUGCGGCGGCGGGAUGGAGGCCGAGGCGGAGCGGGCGGAGGCGCCGCCGCGCCGCGGGGGGGCAGGGGUACUAAAGAUGGGCCGUCGAGCUCGCCAGGAUUUCUUUCCAGAUGAAAGCCUCGGCAGGAAGAAUUCCUCUUCUGCUGCUGGAGAGGAUGAAGACUCCAAGGAAAAGGGGCCACCAUCUAAACCUCCACGCCGGCAAGGAGGCUGGGCAGAUGAUGCUGUACUAGCACCUAGCAAGUCAGGAAGAAAGCAUGCUGAAGAAGUAGAAGACCAUCGUCUCAGGCAGCAGAGCCUAGAGGCUUCAGAUGAUGGAGGAGACAUUCCCGUGAUCCCUGACUUGGAGGAAGUCCAGGAGGAAGAUCUGGCCAUGCAAGUGGCAGCUCCCCCCAGUGUCCAGGUGAACAGAGUGCUGACUUACCAUGACCUGGACAAAGAUCUUAUGAAGUAUGCUGCCUUUCAGACUCUGGAUGGAGAGGUUGACCUGAAGCUUCUCACCAAAGUUUUGGCCCCAGAGCAGGAGCUACGAGAGGAUGAUGUCAGCUGGGACUGGGACCAUCUCUUCACAGAGGUGUCCUCAGAAUUAGUGACUGAGUGGGACCUGGGGCAGUCUGAGAGAGAGGACCACCUUAGUCUGCCCUAGAGCACUGGCACACAAGCCAUCUCCUUGUGCACACAUCCCUGUAAAUAAUUUAGCACUUUAAUUUUCUAUUCAUGUGUUUGUAUUUGAAAAAUUAUUUCAGACAUGGAAAUAAAUCUAAGCUUCAUAGGAAAACUGG